GUCAGAGUGCGCGUGCGCGUUGAAGCUUCAGUAGCUCGUGUGUCUGUGUGUGAUCUGCAAACGUCAAUAUGUUUAUGACAAGAUCAGAAUACGAUCGAGGAGUGAAUACCUACUCUCCAGAGGGACGUCUCUUUCAAGUAGAGUACGCCAUCGAAGCUAUCAAGUUGGGUUCAACUGCUGUUGGAAUUCAGACAUCAGAGGGUGUUGUUCUAGCUGUGGAAAAGCGACUAACGUCUUCUCUAAUGGAACCGUCUGGACUCGAGAAAAUCGUAGAGAUUGACAGCCACGUUGGUUGUGCAGUCAGCGGACUAAUUGCUGAUGCAAGAACCAUGAUAGACAGAGCCAGAGUCGAAGCACAGAAUCACUGGUUUACUUACAACGAGCCCAUGUCUGUUGAAAGUAUCGCUCAGGCGAUUGGCAACUUGGCGAUGCAGUUUGGAGACACUGAUGCUGAUGAAGGAGCAAUGAGUCGUCCAUUCGGUGUCGCACUGCUCUUCGCAGGAAUAGACGAUAAAGGCCCACGACUGUUCAGUAUUGACCCUUCGGGCACGUUCACUCAGUAUGAUGCCAAAGCAAUAGGAUCAGGAUCUGAAGGUGCCCAAUCAACAUUAGAAGAAGUCUACGACAAGAGCAUGACACUGGAAGACGCCUGCAAACAGUCACUCUCCAUCCUCAAGCAAGUCAUGGAAGAGAAACUGAGUGCCACAAACGUCGAGAUGGCGACCGUGACAUCUGAGAAGAAAUACCACCUUUUCACUCGUGAAGAAUUAGCAGACAUUAUCAAGAAACUCUGAUUUUAGCUUACAGCUGACUGCUAUCUCAUUUUAAUUCAUUACAAAUAAAAAUCUAAUCUCUCGGUUGA